AUGGCAAUUCUAUGGCCUUUGUCUCCGUCUUUCUCCAUCAUGACGACUCGAUUUAAGUCUCUAACUGUUUGACUACAAAUGUGAGAGUUGCUACCCGGCUCGGUCCCCUUUGUGCGCCGCGUUUCAAUGGGUAAUACGCCUUUUGUGUCUCUCAAUUGAGGGGGCAAACAGAUUCCACAGCUCUCCAACCUCCUUUCCAUGGCUAUGCGUUCAUCUCUGGAAGGAUUUCUGUUUUCAUUCUUACCUUGCUGACAUCACCCCCCCUCCCCCCCCCCGGAGAAAAGGGGGCAAGACAACAGAUCCCUGGUCAGUAAAAAAUAAGCGCGGCCUUGGUUUAAUGGCGCCAUUGUCCGGUGUCACUGAGGCAUGGUCUCCUCCAGACACAAGAGAAGAGGGCCGAUCACCUUUUACAAUCGGCGUAUCGCGUUGUAUUGUGAGGAGGAUGAAGAGGGGACAUGAGAAGCCAUUUUAUUCUCUUCCCUUUGGUGGCCAUUCGCGGCGGUCGCCAUAGAGACCAUUUCAAAUGGACAAGAAUGUGGGAACCGACGGGCUAAGGCCUGAUUGCAAUUCUUUGUAUUUGCACAGCGCAAUUUGAUUGGCCAACAAUCCCCCCCCCCCCCCCCCAACUACGAGCGUUCAUUCACUUUAUUCCUCAUCCCUAGAAGCAUCACUUGUACAGGUCGCGAGCGCAACAAGAUUAGCCCUUGUACUACUCUACGGCGAGCAGCGGAGACAUUCGGGGGACAGGUCUCAAGUCUCCUGAUAUCGAGGAGCUUCUUCCAUCCGACUUUCAUGGAAAUCUGCUCUGCUCCAGGCCAUGGCGUCCGAUAACGAGGUCAAGACUUUGUUGAAUUUCGUCAACUUGGCUUCCUGCGACAUCAAGGCCGCUUUGGACAAGUCGGCGCCCUGCCGGAGGUCGGUGGACCACAGGAAGUAUUUGCAGAAGCAGCUGAAGCGCUUUUCCCAGAAAUACUCCAGGCUGCCUCGAUGCCACUCCAGCAAGAACGCCGACCUCAGGAAAGGAUUGGUGGAGAGGAUCAACCUGGCCACCCACAGCAAAGGACUAAGCGAAAAAGUCAUGGCGACGCUGGACCAAAACGCCGUCGGGAACGCUUGCUCGCGGGAAAACGGCGCAGAGGGUGGGAAACCGGACCAAGUGCCGAUGAGAAAUAGACAGUUGCCUCCUUCCUUUUGGGAAGAACCCAGACCUUCCACCAGCCUUCUGGAGAUGUCUUGCCCUUCCAAACUCGAUCUUCUGUACAAAGAACGAACGUCUGUCCCUGGAGCCACGCUUUCCACUUCUGACAACAAAAAUGUGGUGAUUCCGGAGCCCCCCAGCCCCUCCUGCCUGGAGAAGGAGGCUGGCAAAGUGCCUUCGGUGACACCCUUGGCCGGACGGGUCAACCUUUGUAGCUGCUGCCCUCUUCAGUACCAUGGACAACAGAUGCUGUACCACCACAGUCACGGGACCCUUCCCCCGGACCCCUUCGCAGCCCUGGCCUUGUGGAGUAAAAACACCACCACCCCCACAGUGGAGAUCCAGCACUUGUGUAAGGACUCCGGACAGAGGAUCUACAGACAUGUGGUCUUCAAACCUAUCCCCACCAAGCCGGCCAUGCCGGCCUCCAUCUUCAAUGUUUUUGGAUAUAUUUAAUACAAGAGGGAAACUUGGGCAUGUUUCGGAUUCCUGGGCACUUUCAAGGACUCCAAAUAUCAGAGGCGUAUUUAUAAAGCAGUGAAUCUGACAUUCAGCAGAACAUUCUCUGCAGGUGAAUCUCCCAGGUCCAAUGCGUUUUCAAUGACAUGAUCGAUGAUCGAUGCUUCCCCCGGAGAAUGGGGUCCGUUCAUUUAAAUGUUA